ACAGAGAGGUAGAGUAAUUUCCAAAGUCGGAGACAGUGUUCAGAUCUGACAUUGUCACCACUGGCUUACUCUGUCUUAGGAGCUGCUGAGCAUGGUAGAGUUGGCUGCAAAGAUGCACCUGCCGCCUUCCUCACGGAGAUGGGCAGAGCCCUUGGGUCAUGUGGGGCAGAACUGAGAUGGGGCAGAAUGAAGAUGAGACGCUACAAGCUCUUCCUCGUGUUCUGUAUGGCCGGCCUGUGCCUCAUCUCCUUCCUGCACUUCUUUAAGACCCUGUCCUACGUCACCUUCCCCCGAGAACUGGCCUCCCUCAGCCCCAACCUCGUGUCCACCUUCUUCUGGAAUAAUGCCCCCGUCACGCCGCAGGCCAGCCCAGAGCCGGGGAGCCCCGACCUGCUGCGCACCCCCCUCUAUUCCCACUCGCCCCUGCUCCAGCCGCUGCCGCCCAGCAGGGCCGCCGAGGAGCUGCACCGCAUGGACUUUGUGCUUCCCGAGGACACCACGGAAUACUUCGUCCGCACCAAAGCCGGGGGUGUCUGCUUCAAACCAGGUACCAGGACGCUGGAGAGGCCGCCGGCUGGGCGGACGGAGGAGAAGGCGGAGGGGGGCGAGGGCUCGCUGUGGGUGGAGUGCGUGUGCCUGCCCGGCUGGCACGGGCCGAGCUGCGGCGUGCCCACCGUGGUGCAGUACUCCAACCUGCCCACCAAGGAGCGCCUGGUGCCGCGGGAGGUGCCGCGGCGCGUCAUCAACGCCAUCAACAUCAACCACGAGUUCGACCUGCUGGACGUGCGCUUCCACGAGCUGGGCGACGUGGUGGACGCGUUCGUGGUGUGCGAGUCCAACUUCACGGCCUACGGGGAGCCGCGGCCGCUCAAGUUCCGCGAGAUGCUGCGCAACGGCACGUUCGAGUACAUCCGCCACAAGGUGCUGUACGUCUUCCUGGACCACUUCCCGCCGGGCGGGCGGCAGGACGGCUGGAUCGCCGACGACUACCUGCGCACGUUCCUCACGCAGGACGGCGUGGCGCGCCUGCGCAACCUGCGGCCCGACGACGUCUUCAUCAUCGACGACGCGGACGAGAUCCCCGCGCGCGACGGCGUGCUCUUCCUCAAGCUCUACGACGGCUGGACCGAGCCCUUCGCCUUCCACAUGCGCAAGUCGCUCUACGGCUUCUUCUGGAAGCAGCCGGGCACCCUGGAGGUGGUGUCGGGCUGCACGGUGGACAUGCUGCGCUCGGUGUACGGGCUGGACGGCAUCCGCCUGCGCCGCCGCCAGUACUACACCAUGCCCGGCUUCCGGCAGUACGAGAACCGCACGGGCCACAUCCUGGUGCAGUGGUCGCUGGGCAGCCCCCUGCACUUCGCGGGCUGGCACUGCUCCUGGUGCUUCACGCCCGAGGGCAUCUACUUCAAGCUCGUGUCGGCGCAGAACGGUGACUUCCCCCGCUGGGGCGAUUACGAGGACAAGCGGGACCUCAAUUAUAUACGGAGCCUGAUCCGCACCGGGGGCUGGUUCGACGGCACGCAGCAGGAAUACCCGCCGGCCGACCCCGGCGAGCACAUGUACGCCCCCAAGUACCUGCUCCAGAACUACAACCAGUUCCGCUACCUGCUGGACAACCCCUACCAGGAGCCCAAGAGCACGGCGGAAGGUGGGCCGCGGAGCAGGGCCGCCGAGGGAAGGCCGCCUGCCAGGCCCGAGCUGGAGGGGGCGGAAGGCUAAGGCUGCGUGAUCUUCAGGGCCCGUGGCGGGGCAGGGGGUGGUGACCGCCCCUCCUGUUAUCUCCCUGCCUCCUUCCAACCUUUAGGGGGAUUCUUGAGAGGACCAGGAGGGGCUGAGUGGGAGACUCUUCCCUGUUCAAGCCCUCGUGAACCAGGGGUCAGGCCCGGGAGCUCAGAAACAUCAUUCCUCGUCAGGAGAGGGGAGCCUGACCCUUCCACCCUCCGAGAGUGCUGUGCCCAGGAGGUGCCAGUGGAGAGUGCCUGAUGGUAACUAGGUGGCGGGGGAGGGUGGGGAAGGGAGCUGGAGGCACGCCCACAAGCCACGUGGGAGCUGCAGCCCUGCUGAGGAGAAGCCCACCAUUUGGCUUCCUGGGGUUUUGACCUGCAGUGGGAAAGGGGCAUGCCAGGAGGUCCCCAGCUCUGUAAGUAGUUGUAUUUGGGUCGGGAGGAAGGGGGGGCACCUAGAAAGGAGCGGAUAAAAACAGCAUCCAGCUGAGAGGAAGCACGGUGUCCUCAGAGGUGCUGGGCCAGAGGAGCUGAGAACUCCCCCUGCCCGCCCCACAGGACGCUGCUGUGUGGGAUGGCACGGUGCGCCCCGGACCCUUCUGAGCUGACGUAGGCAUGGGGCCUAGGGAAGCCGGGGAGUCUUCCUUUCAGUUCUGAACCUGGCGUUGAUGUUCCUUCUUACUUUUUAUAUUCUGUCUUGCGGGCUACCCACUUGCAAGGUCAGGAGUCCACUUCUCAGGGUGGGAUGGGACAUCAGCCAGCCUAGUAGGUCAGACAUGGGGGUGCCCCAUCACCCCUUCCUGCUGGAGUCCACAGCCCCAGCUCUCCACUGUCUCAGGUGGAGUUACCCUUGUACCCCUUCUUGGUGUUGGGUAGGGGCCAGAAAGGAGCCAUGAGGCUGCCCUGGGCCCAAGAGGGACAUUAAGGCCAGUUGUAUGUCAUCUCAUUCCACUUUGUUUGCCUCAUGGGGGCAGGAGAUGUAUUCAUUAAAGUAUAUUCUAAGCUGCUGUAAUUAAGAGACCCCGAAAUACAGUGAUUUAAGCAAGAUGGAAGCUUGUUUCUGAUUUAACUGUCUAGAGGGAGGUGGUCUGGAUCGAGUAGGGCAGCUCUGCUUUCCUCAUACAUACCUUCCAAUUCUGGUUGCUCCAGUUCCCACCGUCACAUGUGCGUCCAAGCCUAGGGGAAGCAGAGAAGGGCAUGGGAAAUGCACACCCUUUCCUGUUAACGGCAUGAGCCAGAGAUGGCAGAGUCACUUCUGAUCGUACCUUGCUGGUCAGGGCUUAGUCACAUGGCUACAAGCAGCUGCAAGGGAAGCUGGGCUGCCAUGUGCCCAGCCUUAGCUUAGCUCUCUUAUUAAAGGAAGGCGGAAAGCAUGGAUACAGGGAACAAGGAGCCUCUCUGGCACGGAGAGUGGGAGAGAGGGUAGAAAUGACUGUUGCAGUCAUAAGAUCCUCCUCAUAUUCGGAGCUCCUGGAACAACCUGCUCCUGCUCCCAUCACUGCCAGCCCAGGGCUGAGGUGCAGUGAGAGCCUGCAGUUAUGGGAAGGAUGAGACACCCCCUCUCCAAUUCCCCACUGGAUGCUCACCAGUGAUACCAGGAUGCAGAGGCUGCCUGUGGAAUGGUACAUGUUUGUGCGUGUGUGUGUAUUUAUGGGCAUGGGUGCAUGCUUGUGUGUACUUGUAUGUGUCUGUGUCGGUGUGUCCCUGUACAUAGAUGCUUGUGUGUGGAUGUGGGAGCAGGGUCCAGGCGCUUCCCUGGGAUCUGGAGCCUGUGGCCACACCUGCAGCUCCCCAAAAUGACGGAGGCACAAAACCCUUGGGGAGCCUGGAAAACAAGGCUAAGGGGAUGCAGGGUCCAUCUGUCUGUCUUUUAGUCCAAGGGAUGAGACUCCUCCUGACCUGAGGGCUGUACAGCUGAGCACCCACUACCUUCCAGCCCCUCUUGGCUCCAACCACAUCCUUCCACCCAGUACCCUCUAGCCUCCAGCAGGGACUUUCUCUGGGUGUUUCCUGCUGGGCCAGAAGAAGAGGUUGUCCCCUUUGCCACAGGUCUGUCUGGGGAAGUUCGGUGUGGGCGUGGACUGGGGAGCUGACUUCGGAGCAGUCUCUGGUGGGCAGGAGUGAAGAAGGCUGAGGGGGCUCUGUUGUCCCCACUUUCCUCCCUUGGAGACACAGCAGCCCCUCUCUGAUCCCUCUUGGGGCUCUUAAGUGGCUCAAGAAGUCAGCAACCACUGCUCACCCCUGGACAGGCAGUCUCAGGGCUCCUGAGUCAAGCUUGAGGCCCAUCCUAGAAGUCUCCCUCCUUGCCAGCUUCCUUACCCCAUGCUGCUGGCUCCCUCCCGCUACUGUGGAGUGCCUCCUUCCCAGGCCAGCCUCCAGUUCACCAGCUCCGGCAGGGGAAGGAGAAGGGAUGCGCUCAGACCUGCCAAGCCCUGCCUUUCCUUAGACCCAGGAGGGCUGUUCAUGGUCACUGUCAAGAGGAGGCCUGGUCAUUGGGUGGAGAUGACAGCUAUCAGAGGGCUGGGGGCCAAAGCAUGGGGUUGAAGAGUUUCACAUAUAAUCACAUCAUACACUGGGAAUUUGGGGGUCAGGGGAGCCCUGAGCCACACCCCCAGUAUGAAGGGAAACCAAGCUGUGAAUGUGAAUGCUGGCACACCACUGGCCCUGCCAGCAUACCCAGAUUUCUUUCCCAGGGUAUGAACACCUGCCCUAUAACCUGGAGACUCAAGGAGGCCCAGCCUACCCGCAGGUCAUGUUGGUUCCCAGGGACAGGUGUGGGAGAGUUUUGGGGACAAAGGUUACAAUUGGUGUGGGGAGACAGGACUUGCCCAAGUAAAUAGCAGGGCCCUGGGAAAUGUAUAACCUGACGCCAUUAUUUUUUUUGUAAGGGAAAAUCAAUAUGUAUAUUCUGAAAUCAUUUUCUCUGUAAAUGGUUGGAUUUCAUUUCACCCUUAAAGGGAUGCUUAAGAUAAUAUUAAUAAUAAAAACAGCUACAGUCUGCA